CCUUAUUUUGUGGUUGGUAAUUGCUCGCAAAUAAAAUUUCCCAUUUAGUAAGUACCCCUUUUGAGAGCGUCUGCACGAACUUUAAUUCUCAUCCCAUCUCUCCUUCCCGAUUCAAUCAAAUUUAUACUCUCUUCUCUUCUGGUUAGUUCUCCACUCUCUCUAGUGAUUCUAUAAGCUCACCAAAACUCUCCAAUGGCGGAUUCCAUUUUCUCCCAAUAUCUGGUUCCAAAAAUUGAGACCGACCCACAUGAGUUUAACUCCUCCAUACCGUACUACCAGGACCCAUGUCAGGAUCAAAGUGCUGCGUUAGAAAGUCUACGGCUUGAAAAUUUCAAUCAGUUUACUUCACCCCCAUUGCCGUUGCAAUACAAUCCCAACCAACUUCCACAAAUGGGUUCUCAAGAUUUUGAGGAUUUAGGCAUCUGGGACUAUAUUUUGGACGAUGCUGCUCUUCCAUCACCUUUUGAUUACGAGGUGGUUGAUGAAAAUCCCCUGACAACAAUGGCGGAAUCCAUCGUCUGUUCGAACAGUGUUUCGGGUGAUUCGGGUGAUGUUUUCAGGAUGCUUGAUUGGGGGAUGGAAAGUUGGGGGAAAUACGAUGGGGAAGGCAUGACAAAAAAUGGGAGUUGCUCUAAGAGAAUGUCUGCUGCUCCAUUGGAAUUGGACGAGAUUCAGAAGUAUUUCGACGUGCCGGUAACUCAGGCGGCCAAGGAAUUGAAGGUGGGAUUAACGGUUUUGAAGAGGAGGUGCAGGGAACUGAAUAUCAUGAGGUGGCCGCACAGAAAGCUCAGGAGCUUGAAUGCUCUCAUUGAAAAUGUUAAGGGGAUGGGAUUGACGAAUGAGCUGAGGAUGCUGGAGGAGCACAAGAUGAUUUUAGAGCAGCUGCCGGACAUGGAGUUGCCGGAGAGAGCCAAGAGGCUGAGGCAGGCUUGCUUCAAAGCCAACUACAAGAAGAAGAGGACUUUGUGUUUGACUGCCGGUCCAUGAUUUAGUCUAGCUUUAGCUUAUAUGCACAAAAUUAUAGAGUAGAUGAGAAAAUCAGGACAUGUUAUAUGGGUAGAACAUGUUGUGAGGAUGAAUCCCACCUCUUCGGGACAAGUGACGAGAUCGGUAUCUUUUCGAUUCAAAAACGUCUAAAGCUUAAUUUGUGUUGAUGUGAUCUUGAACUUUGUGUCUAGGUAUUUUUUUUUUUUUUUUAAAUUACUCGUUUCCUUGCUUGAUGUUGGGACCUAGAAAUUGCGUUUCAUUCUUUUACUAUUUUGAUGUUGUGGUCAAUCUAGCUCAGUUGAAUGAGAGCAUUUGUCUAUGUACUUGAGGUACUAUGUACGAAUUCCCUUCACGUAACUUAGAUAAAUUUAGUGUAGAUUAUCCUAUUGUUUAUCAAAAAACAAAAAAACAAAAAUCAAUGCCACCUGCUAAACCACAUAAUUCUACCAUACAUCACUAUAGUUUCUAACUGCCUUUGUACUGUUAGACGUGAUGGAUUUACCAUUUCCUUUUAGGUGUAGAAUGAUAAUUUCCGUUAGAUGUAAAAACGCUUGACGUACACACUAAUCUCCUGCGUUUGUUUAACCAUAUGUCGUUCAUUCCUAAGUUUAAACUGAAUUUCUCACCUAAAAUAUAUCUGUCUUUAAUUACUUAUCUCUUGUUGCAGUAUACCCUUUCUCUCUCUUAUCAUAUGAUUAGUCAAACAUAAGCGUUAAAAGAAGUUUAUCUCCUAAAUAAGGAAAUUUAUGA